UCCAGCGUAGACCAUUCUCGGUGACGCUUACACCUGAAUUUGUGCGUAAGAGGAUAGCCCUCUCACAGGCCCCGUUUUCCGCGUUUUUUAAUUAUUUAUUUCCGUGUAAACUGCAGUCUUCAUAUAAAAACAUUGAUGGCCGAUAAUUUAGCCCUGCAUUGAGGGCCCGGGGGAGAACUGCAAAGGAUUAUAGAGUCACCUCAGACCUGUUUCUAUCCGGUGACAUGGCUCGACCACGGCCGCGGGAAUACAAGGCAGGAGAUCUGGUUUUCGCGAAGAUGAAGGGGUACCCGCAUUGGCCGGCGAGGAUUGAUGAGCUCCCAGAAGGAGCGGUCAAACCGCCCGCCAACAAGUACCCCAUCUUCUUCUUUGGGACCCAUGAAACUGCAUUCUUGGGCCCGAAGGAUCUUCUGCCCUACAAGGAGUACAAAGACAAAUUUGGAAAGUCCAACAAGAGGAAAGGCUUCAAUGAGGGCCUGUGGGAGAUUGAGAACAACCCCGGAGUGAAGUUCACAGGAUACCAGGCCAUCCAGCAACAGUGUUCAUCAGAGACAGAAGAGGGGGGGAACGUGGCUGAUGGCAGCAGUGAGGGUGAGGAGGGUGACUCUGUGGAGGAAGACGAUGACAAGGCCAAACUGAAGGGGGACAAGACCGGAUCCAAACGGAAAAAGAGUGCCACCUUUAAGAAAUCCCCCAAGCUGUCGAGGAUCUCAUCAGGAGAGGACGACCUGGAGAAGGACGGGAAAGACGAGGACCAAAAGAGCGGCUCAGAGGGAGGGGACAACGACGUCAUCCAGAACACCACUGACAGUAAGAACCAGUUGCUCCUAGAAGAACAUUAAGGGAAGAAAGCCUAAAGGGGAAAUCAUUCUUUGUAGGUGAAUCUACACCCUGAUUUCUCAUCAGCACCAUCUACUGUCUGCCAUCGCCUCCUCCACCCCUCGGCUGACCCUCCUGUUUGUGAUCGUAUGAAACAUCCAUAAACACUGCCACUGGUAUCGGUCAUCAUAAGGAUCCCGGGGAAUAACUGGGCUUUAUGCGGAGCAAUGCCUCUCUCACCUCUCUGAAAUACACUGAUUAGACCCUUUCAUCACUUUCAACUAGUAACUAUUUAACUAUAUAACUUGACCCAUAUCAUGUAUUAUUGGCAGCAGUGAGGCAUUGAGAUUAUAGUAGCUGUGUAUAUGAAGAGCCUUUUCUAUACCAGGCUCAGACUGUGUAGCCCAAUCAAAACAGAAAUGUUUGAAAUGUUCUGUAUGUCCCAACUAAAUCUGUUGGAAAACACAGAAGUGAAUGUUCAUCCAUCUGAGCCAUCUGCCAGUUUUGAUGUUAGAACAUAUUUCUGAUUCUCCUGGAGCACAUCAGGACACUCUUCCAGAACAACAAUGAUAAGCCUCAUCAAAAUAAUCUUAAAUAUAGGCUUUAUUUUUUUAACUAACAACUGCAUUGAAGGAACUGGCAUUGUUGACGGGCUCAUUGCGUAGUAAUGUAGGAAGUGUCAAGGAUCAAAGUUCACCUAAUAACUGAAUUACUUUGUGACACAAAGAAGUGUUCCUUGAUCAGUAAUUUGGCGGUUACUUUGUUAGGCCAAUAAAAAGCUCAGAGAUUAAAAAACAGGAUGAAAGGGUUGGCUUUACCUCUCACAGUGAACUACCUGCCGUACUCACAGGCAUGUUUCAUGCCUAAAUGCCUUCUAAUGUUCUAAUAAGUCAUUAAGCUAAAGGAAGUAAUAAUUAUUCCUGUAGUCCACUUAGUCACUCUCACAUUACAAUCAUUUCUCGAUAUUCCUUUUCCACUGAGCUGGUUCCAGGGCUGGGUCGGAUGUGGUGCCCAAUUGCAAAGCAGUUUUCUUUGUUUUCUGCCCCCAAAAAUGGUUCAACUUAAGCACUGACUAUUUGCUCAGCAGGUUCCAAGCGCUGCGUAGCUCAGGGUCUGGGGCAGCUCGUGGCGACAGUAGAAGGUUGUUGCAUAUGUGUGUUGGCUCUAAGUCUUAGUGUUGAAUGGUCAGAACGGCUUCAAUGGCUAGGCUACCAGUAUCCAUGUAAUACGCGAAAAACUUAAUAUUAUACAAUCCUUUACUGAGAUGACAGUAACACGUGUCACUUCCGGUUGAAACAACAGCCCCGCCCACUGUUGGGGGGAAACAUUUGAGGUAAUUUGAAUAGCGGUAAAUACAGAUUCCGAAUUUUUCGGCAAUCACAUCAAAACAUUAAAGUGACCACGCCUUUUUUUAUCUACAAGAAGGCCAAUGAUGAUGAUCAGAACGGCAAACUGUUUAAAAAUGGUAAUGGAGAUCGAUGAUCUGCGUGGAUUUAUAGUUUGAUUUAAAUCAAUAGGGAAAAGAUGUCCGGUCAGUCUGUUGGAGGACGAGUGGCAGGCAGCAGGCUGACACUGAAACUGAGAUUUCUGAAUUACAUCCUUUCUUUCACUCUCCUUUUUUCUGUAGAGGAAGUACAGGAACCGGAACUCUGGAUUUGUUUGUUGUUUGAGGUGCAAUAUAUGACUCAGCAGCUUUAAGACGUGAAGAAACUAUUAUUGUAGGCUUCGUUCUGAUGCAGUAUUUUCACCUGAAAGUGGGUGUGGCCAUAAUUUCACCAGGAAGAGCCUCAUAGUUCCCUACUGAUUUGAAUUAAACUGUAAAUCGAUGCAGAUCAUUGAUCUCCAAUGACAUUUUUUUAGUAGUUUGCCUGUCUGACCUUCAUCAUUGGGCUUCUUGUAGAUUUAAAACGGUGCCGAUAUCUUAAUUUUUUGAUCUGACUGCUGAAAACGUCACAAUCUGUAUUUACCGCAAUUCAAAUGACAGCGAAUGUUUUCCCCCAAAAGUGGGCGGGGUCGUAAUUUUGCCAGGAAGUGACAUAGGUGUUAUGUAUGGUGCUAUGUUGCCAUACAUUGUCAAUUAAAACUGAAAAAACAUGUAUGGGGACAAAAGGGAACGUUACUGGUGAGACAGUCCGAAAGGGUUUUGCUAAUGCCAGCAACUGGCUGGUGCUCAUAGAUAUAACAGUCAUACGAGCACAGCUCCAUCGCAGUCUGACGUUGUUGUUAUUAUGGGGGAUAUUCAAGCUUAAUCGGUGACAUCAAGACGUGGCUGCUAAAGGUAUCUGUGCUUUUGAAAGAAAACGUGUUCGUAAGUUGUCCGAAGUUGAAGCAACUGUGAACCAAAUUCGCCAAGCACAGAACCAGAACAGACCUCCUGUCAGUGGAAGAGAGGUAAUCAUGCCGCUUAAAUUAUUGUUGAAACAAGAUUUAUCAUAUGUGCUCAGAAGUUCAUUUACAGUAGUUAGUCGAACCUGUGAAAUACAGGGUUACAGUAUCAGUGCAUUCACUCUGUGUGUGAAUAAACAUGGCCCGUGUUUUUCCCAGCACUGUAACAUCUCAGUGUAGAUAGCCAUCCUCCAGUAUUCAUACCCGUUCUGUCCGACUGAUAACGUCUGUGUAGAAAGGCCUUUGAUAAGUUCUACAUACUGUAUUUAUAUACUCUCUUACCACCUAUGAUAUAUGUUGGGUAUUUCAGUGUACUGAUGACUAUAGUUGUAGCUUGAGAUAGCUUUUUUAUAUUGGGUAAUUAUGGGAGGGACUAAUGAAAUAUUUAAUAACUGUCUAACAUUAUUCAUCAUCCUUUAUGUAACCAGAAAAAGAUGAAUGGAAAUACAUAGAUACAUGUAUCAAGUGUUGUGCACAACUGGGUUACACAUUGUACCUCAGGUUUAUUAAAUCUGUAUAUUUACUUUUGUUGUAGAAUAUAGGACCUCUGUUCUACUUGGACUGCUCUACGUAACAGCUCCUCUUUUUUAGGGAGAAGUGAUACAUAUGUUCUUCUGUGCAUCUGUGAAAUAGAUCACUGUAUAUUUCAAAGCUUUUAUAGUGGCAUGCUCUACUGUACUCCAGAGGAUCGUCAUAGGAACAUGUCCAUUGUUUCCUAGUUUAAAAUCAGAUGUGUGUUGGUAUGACUUGGGGUAAAAAUAAUACUUUUGUUGCCUUUUUUAAUGUCUGAACAGACAGUAAGCUGACCCACAUUCACGUUGUGAAGCAGUUGAGAGCUGUGACCAUAGUCUUCAUCUACAACAUGUGAACAGCAUACAGUGUGAUAACGCCUUUUCAAUUCCCAAACAUCACCGUCUCUGUCAUGAGAUGAGCCCUACUUAUUUUGUGAUGAUAGCUGCUGAGGCCCAUUCUGUGUGUAAAAUCAUGCUCCUCUCGUUUCCUUCAUAUCUUUGUUAUGCUUGUAUUUGAACAUGUUUUGCGUUUUCAAGGUUUGUAAUUAACUGUAAACUGUUUUUGCUGUUUAUGAUGAAACUUUUACAAA